AUCCUGCUCCCCAGCCAAAAAAACAAUUGGACUUCUGCCGAGCAAAUGCCGGCAGGUCAGCUGCAUUUCACAUAGAUAAACCCUGCAGCCUAAAGGACUUUGAUUGGCGCCCAUCCGUGCAGCCUAAACUCGGACACUGACGGUUACCUUGGAGCCUGUUCGUAAUGACUGCAAGUUGAAGUCACGCCACAGCUCUCUUUCCCAAACUGCUCAAAGCCGUGGACUGAAGGAAGAUGGAGUGCCUCCCUGCCAGACUCAUCUUGAUCGUGGCCAUUUCCAACACACUUGAAGUGGGAUGCGUUGCUGGGUCUGACCGCCAUGAACUUGCACCAUCUAGUCCAUCUCUGGGAGACCUGGCCCUCACCAUGGGCAGCCAUCAGUCCCAGGAGAAGGAGCCUGCCAUCCGUUCCCGUCCUCCGUCUUCCCAGUUUGUGCCUUCUAUGAGAAUUCAGGACAGUAGGGAGCUGAACAGAAGCUGCUGUCACAACGGCGGCACCUGCAUGCUGGGGCUCUUUUGUUUCUGCCCGCCCUCCUUCUCUGGCCGCAACUGUGAGCACGACCUACGGAUCCGGCGGAGCUGUGGGUCUGUGCCCCACGAUACCUGGCUGCCCAAGAGGUGUUCCAUUUGCAAAUGCUGGCAAGGCGAGAUGCAUUGUGUGUCCCAGGCCUUUCUGCCGGGCUGCGAGAAGCAGGGAGGCCACGUGACAAAUGAGCACCUCCUGGCUUCCAGGACUCCAGGAUCUUCAGCACAUGCUGGUUCCACUUUAAUGCUCGCUGGCACCUGCCUUGCUGUACAGUUUCUACUGACCUACAUUGACCUUUUUUAGAAAUACAACUUUAGAUGUCAUACGGAGUGUGAUACCCUUUAAAAGCUGGCUCUGUGUGGUUUAUGGGAAACCAAAAGGGUUUUGAGGGGAGCUGAUCAAAGUUAAGACAAUAAAAAUCUGCAGAAAGACUAGUUAGUCCAGCACCUACUGUGAAAUGAAACUGUGUUUAUCUGUUAUCCAUGCACUGAUUUCCCCAUAGCAUGAUGCUAUUAUUAUUUAUCGAAAUUAAUCUAUUAUAAUCAUUCAUAGGAGUCAGAUUAUUGCUGUCAUUGUGAUAUUAACAUCAGAGAUCUUAUUAAGCUUUACAACAAUGCCUCUGGUGCUGAGGGGGGCUUUUCAGAUACCCCUAGGA